AUGGAUGAAGAACUACCAAGCGUUAUUGUUGCCGAAUCGAUGGUUCUUUUUCGUUCUACAAACCUUACUUGCGAUGAAUUCUUUAGCGAUUUUUUACCGCCCUACAAAUAUAUAUCAUCAACUAUUGUUCUAUGGAUUUCUUUCAUGCUAUAUGUAUCUUUAAAAAAGAAUACAAAUUAUGGGAUUGUUUCCAUUCGGAAAUCCAUAGAUGGCUUGAAGAACAUCGAAAAAACUUAUAUAACAACAUUGGACGUCUUUCGAGUUGUCGCCAUAAUAUGGGUAAUUAUCAAUCACACAGGGAGUGAAGGCCGUCUUGACAUCCUACAGGGAUUGCCCUCUGCAGAAAUAUUUAAAUCCUCCAUACACAAUCAUCCGAUAUUUGGCGCACUACUGGGUAAUUCGGGUCUCGGCGUUGAUAUAUUCUUGGUCUUGUCCGGUUUUCUUGCUUCGAUAUCAUGGUCAUAUCAAGAAAAUAAAUCCUUUCUACCUCAUUAUAUCCUAUUCAUUGCAAAGCGAUGGGUUCGAAUAUUUCCAUCACUUAUCAUUUUUAUUGCAAUCGCCUCAAGUCCAUUUAUGCAACGAAUCCUUCCACGCUUCUAUAAUUCGAUCGUAUCAAGUUGUGGAUUUACUGGCACCAUAUCGCAUUUAAUUUUUCUCGCUAAUUGGCGAUCCACUCCGAUAUGUUUCGGAUAUUUAUGGUACCUGAGCCUCGAUAUGCAAUUUUAUAUUAUUGCACCGCUAUUAUUUCACCUCGCAUAUAAAUCGCGUAUCAGUGCAAUUUUGUUAUCAUUCGCGUUGAUCGUUUUCUCGAUGGCCUUCCGAGCAUUUCACUGCGUCUUAUACAAUGUUUGUGAUCAAAGCGAUGUCGACAUACCGUUCAUUUCAUAUGAGGCUACUGAUAAUUCAACAACUGGUCGAUACACUGGCCUGUGGGAGAUUUAUUCACGUCCAUUUCCUAAAUGUGGACCCUUUUUGAUAGGCUUUUUGGCCGCACAAGCCUUUCGUCAAAUGCAUAUAAAACUUUCGAUUUCCAAAAUCUACACGUCAUUAACAAUCUCUUCAUUUGCUAUUUUUGCAUCAAUCUAUGGGAUUCUGCCUCAAUAUUGGCAUCCGAAGUCGGGUAGUACCUUGUAUAACGUCUUAUAUACUGCCAUAUUCCAAACUCUAUUUGCAUUAGCCCUCGCAACGAUGAUCUUCAUUUUUUCUAAUAUCCACAAAAGGAAAAAGUCAAAUCGGUUGUGGAUGAUCCUUGCUCGACUGACGUUCUCUGUCUACUUGGUGCAUAUGCCUAUUGUAUUUAUCUUCAAUUAUCUAAAAAUCUUGCAAGAUGCCACAAGUCCCUAUAUUUUAAUUGCAGUCGUUCCUUUCGUAGCGUUAAUUAGUUUUAUUGUUGGAUUUUUGUUUCAUAUCAUUUUCGAAUCACCUUUAACGCGACUGGGUAUGGUCACAGUACAACGUUUAUCUGCCGCAUUAUGA